AUGGAGAUAGCAGAAGGAAUGGAAUACCUUCACCAUUAUUGCUCUGUUCAAGUUAUUCAUUGUGACCUCAAGCCCAGCAAUGUCCUAUUAGGAGAUGAUAUGACUUCUUGCAUAGCAGAUUUUGGCCUUUCCAGUCUUAUUUUUGGAAAUUCAGUGGAUUCUUUGACUUCUACAAAUGCACUUAAAGGAUCUAUUGGCUACAUUGCACCAGAGUAUGGAAUAGGUGGACAACUUACUACAAAAGGAGAUGUAUACAGUUAUGGAAUUUUAAUUUUAGAGUUGUUGACAAAGAGGAGACCAACAGAUGAUAUGUUCAUUGAAGGAAUGAAUCUACAAAAAUGGGUAGAACUGCAUUUUCUAAAUAGAAUCUCAAUUGUACUGGAUAAUUGCCUACUUCUAGAUGUUCCUGAAUCAGACAGAUCAAUGGUAAUGGAAUGUCUAACUCAAUUUAUAGAAAUUGGGUUGUUUUGUACAAGGGAGUCACCUUCCGAGCGCCCUGAUAUGAUUGAGAUAGUUGAUAGAUUAAAUACAAUCAGAGGUACAUUUCUUGGUACACCUAAAACUAUUCAAUUACCAGUAGAUAUCUCGCCUUUUAUUGACAAUACAAGAGGUAUAAAUAUGAGUGGUCCAGGAAAUAGGGGAAGUUCGUCUACAUCUACAUCCUAA